AUGUCGGAUGAUUUUGUGGUGCCCACAUAUGAGGUCGGCGGUUCAGAUUCAGGUUCAGACCAGGAUAUAUCUGACAUCGAGGAAGGCUCCUUUAAUGGGAUCUCUGCAACGCCGUUGCCAACAGCAGAUGUGGAAUAUGUCUCAGAAGCAUCACCAAUGGAUGCCACAGCUAGUCUUGGCUAUCUAUCAGGUGCGGAGGGUGCGAACUUAUACGUUGCACGGGAGGGCGCGAACUACUUCAAUGACGCUGCGAACAAGGCAGUUGUUCUAUGCCUACAUAGCUACGAACAGCUUGCUAUCAGCGGCGUAUUUAAGCUGCAGGUGAUGAAGGGAGGGAUAACGUACAAUUCGAUACACUACAACUGUGGGUUACAUACGUAUGACUUUUGGCACCCCCUCUCGGAAUCGAUUCCUCCUAUCGCCGCAUCUUUCGCAGCCGAUUGGGAAGAGCAUUCAUACGGGUUAUCACCGUGGCUACCAGCUGAUAUCAAAGAGGAAUAUGAGUGUAUUUUGAGGAUUAGUGAGGGCUCGAAUAUUGGUGAUGUCGGAAGGUUAAUGGCGGAGUUAGGUCAACUAUGGACAAGGCACACAGGUUGCACCUUUAGCAUAUUGCGACCUGAGGAUUAUGCCCGCCCCUUGAUAUUGAAUAAGGAUUGGGAUAAUUUGCAAGCUGAGCUUAUGAUACAUCAUAUGAAUUCUGAGCAUGAUAUGCGCGUUAUGUGUAUCGGCGGCAAGAAUAGCGGCAAAAGUACAUUACUAAGACUGCUACUUCAAAAGUUUCUCCAUGGUAACAAGUCUACUACUAAAGCGACGGGAGUUUCGCAUGAGGCGGAUGUAGUAAAUUACCUAGAUAUGGACCCCGGACAACCUGAAUACUCUGCGCCAGAUUCCAUUUCAUGGUCAAAGUUAACAUCCGAAACAUUAUCAUUAGGACAACAUCUGGCACAGGGGCAUAGAGAGAUGAUUCAAACGACCUACAUAGGGUCUUCAACGCCGCAAACAUGGCCCGAAAUGUAUCUUACGGCAAUGGAGCAUAUUAUUCAUAAAUGGGAGAUGGAGGGACAGAUGAAUACUGCGUUGCUCAAUUUACCAGGAUGGAUAAAAGGAUUUGGAAUCACAAUCAUAAAUAAAGCUAUGGAGCUUUUUAAGCCGACACACAUAAUAUUCCUGACCCAUGGCGGCAAGCUGAUAUCCAAGGAAUUAGUGGUACCAAAUAUGUUUGAAACGAUGCAAAAGGGUAAAUACAAGCCCAUGAUAUAUAACUUACAGGCAUUCACUCAACAUAAUAUUCCAGGCCUACCAGCACAAGAUCCGCGUUACCACGCGGCUAAUAUUAGGAGUUUCCGCUUGCUGGCGCAUCUGCACAGACUAAGCGAACAGUCAUACUACCCAGGCCCACUACUCAGCUCGCCUCCGUUACAGGUGUCUUUCGGCUCCCAGGGAAUCAUGGCUUUCCGCUUUCUGCAAGACCCAUCUAGUGGUUACCAUCAGGAUGACAUCUCUGCGGCAUUACAAGGUUGCGUGGUUUGUUUAUAUCACUCAAAGAUGCCUCCGGAUAUUGACAUGUGCGGGGUAUUCCCAAUGUUGAAGCAUUCCGCUGACUAUACUAGUAUGGACUUUGUUACGCUGGCUCUUAUCCAUUCCAUUGAUGUUGAGCGCAAGUUUAUGAACAUAUACAUUCCUGGGCAUGUAUCCGGCCGUGUUCAUUCUCUGAAGAAUAACUUCGUUCUUGUCAGAGGUGCCACGGAUCUACCUCUUUGCGAACUAUAUCCACAGAAAUUGCUAAGCUCAAGUUACAGGAAUAGAGAAAUACCAUAUGUUUCUUUCUCGAAAAGGAAGAAAUACGAAUAUGUCUGGAAGAUUCGAAAAAACGUUCGCAGGAGAGGGCAUUAUAACAAGUAA